AAUGAAUGGUACUUCCAAACAAUCUGUUGUUAAUGAAUAGGAAGGGCUCUCAUUUCUAAUUACUUUAAUUUUGGAGUAGAUACUAAGCCUGGAGGGGAUUUAGAUUUUAUUUUUUGAGAAUAUCUACAAAGAUCCUAAUUAUGGUUACUGCUUUAGAUAUUACCAAUCAAUAGGAGAUACCAUGAAUAUCUGAGAGAACCUGAUCAUUUGGAUUUCAAUUUUUUACCAUUAGCUCUAUGAUGUACAUCAUUGCUGAAAACCCAGAG